CAAUCAGCAUUAAAAUGGGUACCGGGACAGAAAAUUUUUAAGCAACGUCAAUUUGUACACUAGUGAAAAAAUUUACUUGGAAUAGGAAAUAGAAAAGUUUCAAGCUGAUAAAAGUUGAUUAUUUAUGAUGAACUAAGAAAAAUUCGUUGAGUUAUCCUACAAAUAAAACUCAAGAAACACCAAACGGACAAGAAAUGGCCUUCAUAUUGAACACAGCCACGAAUUCGACCGUAGCGAGUAGCAUCAGGAGCAGGAAAUAUGAAGUUUAUGUAGCAGCAGUGCCGUUGAGAGCCCCAAGGGGGCCACCCCAGCUGCUUAUGUCUACUGUUUAUUCUCUCAAUCUGUUUGAUUUGCAGCAUUACAUGGUCAUCAUCAAUUCAACUUCUGCAUCCGAGGCUGUUGUUUAUGAUUUCCAACCAGAAGACCCAGAAGAUGUAUUCACAGCAGUUACAGCUCUAUCGGGUAAAGAAAUUCCUGGGGUUGUUCUAACUAGGAAGUUAAAGAAGCUGCCCAAAAGAAAAUGCUGGUUUGUUGGAUAUUCAGAAUCUGAUGCUGUAGAAGGUCGUGUGCACGGAUUCAACGACAGAUGGGAUACUGAUUUGAGAAUUGGAGUUCAUGAUUGCCGGAAUUAUGCAAAUGAAUUGGUGGAAUAUCUCACUGGCGAGAAGUUAGUGUUGGAAAAUUUAACUUGCAACUGAUUAUGACAAACAUGAGCAGCAGCUAAGGUGAAAGCAUUUACUGUGUCCUAAAUUUUUUGUAAUAGAAAAAUCCUUGUACUUUUAUUUUGGAAACAAUAUUGAACAAGGGAGUGAAAAACCUUUUUUUUUUUUUUUUUUUUUUUAAGGAUUUUGGUGACGUGUUUCAUGCGUCCAACGUUUCCACAUUUUACAAAGAAGUUCAUGUACUAAAUUGUGAUUUUGUUAUGUAUGUAGUUAAUGGUUUUGUUUGUUAA